AUGUCUUCUUCAUCAUUCAAUGCGUUCCGCGGUCCAAAUGCAAACCGAUCAGCGGCGUCUAAUGAUUUGAAACACAACAUACGUGAAAGUCGCUGGAUUCAACCUGAACAAUGGCAAUUGCCAGAAGUUGAACAAAAGUUUCAACAGGGAUCUAUUGACUUUACUGAAGUUCAUGGUAUGUUACAGCAACUUGGAAUAAAAGUUGAACGAUUCGAAUUGAAUAAAAUACUUGACGCUCAUGAUAAGAACAAAGAUAGAAAAUUAAGUAAAGAAGAAUUCGAAGAAUUAUAUAUGAAAUUACGUGCAGAGAAAGAUCCAGGAAGCACAUGGAAUAAAACUGUCAAGCCGAUUGCUGGUGGCGCGGUUGAUACAUUUAAAACUCAACGAAUCGAUGAAGCCGAUGAAACGAAUUCGAGUCCAUCGACUAUAGAAAAACUUCAAGAUACAUCAGGUCCAUAUCAUAGUGUCCUAGUUGAAGAACGUGUAUGGACGGCAAACUGGGUGAAUCAACUCCUUGCUGAUGAUGCACAUUUAAAUUUACGUGCUAAUCCAAUUGAUACGCAAGAUCCACAAGCAUUGUAUAAACGUUGUCAAGAUGGUAUUUUACUUUGCAAAUUGAUCAACGUUGCCGUGCCGAAAACAAUUGACGAACGAGCCAUUAAUUUAAAUCUUAACAAACAAGAUAUUUUCCGUCAAAGUGAAAAUUUAGAACUUGCAAUUAACUCGGCUCGUGGUAUUGGUUGCAAAGUAGUCAAUAUUCAUCCGGAAAACAUUUCCAAAGCAGUGCCACAUCUUAUCAUGGGUCUUUUAUGGCAAAUCAUUCGAAUCCAAUUAACCCAUGAAAUCAAUUUGAAACAUGUACCGGGCUUGGUUCUACUUCUACGCGAUGGAGAAACUGCCGAGCAUUUAUUAAAACUAUCACCGGAAGAUUUACUACUCCGUUGGUUCAAUUAUCAACUUCAACGUUCGCAAUACAAAGGCAAACCGGUAUCAAAUUUCAGUAAUGAUAUCAAAGAUUCUGAAGCGUAUACGUAUCUAUUGAAUGUCAUUGCACCAGCAAAUACCAAACCACCAUUAACACUAAAUCCAUUAAAUGAAUCGGAUUUACGUUACCGAGCUGAAUUGAUGCUGAAAGAAUCAGACAAAAUCAAAGCCCGAGCACAUAUUACACCUGAUGAUGUCGUGAAAGGCAAUCCGCGUCUUAAUUUUGCUUUCGUUGCAAAUCUAUUCAACAUAUAUCCAGCAUUGGAUCUGCCAACUGAACAAGUUCUCCAACCGGAUGUUGUUAUCGAAGAAACACGAGAAGAGAAAACCUAUCGAAAUUUUAUCAACAGUUUGGGAUUAGAACCACAUGUGAAUUAUCUUUAUUCCGAUCUUUGUGAUGGUUUAAUUAUACUUCAACUCUAUGAUAUUAUCCGUCCGAAUACAGUCGAUUGGUCUAAAAUAUACAAAACAUUCAAUGCUAUCAAAGAGCGAUUUCAAAAACUAAACAAUUGCAAUUUUGCUGUCACUUACGCGAAAGAUCCUCUAUUUUUCAAAGUGACUGGUAUCGGUGGUUCGAACAUCUUAGAAGGUAACAAAACUUUGACACUUGGUCUGGUUUGGCAGAUUAUGCGUGCAUAUACCUUAUCCAUUCUUCAAAAAUUGGCCAAGUCCAGCACACCAAUCGCCGAUAAAGACAUUAUCAACUGGGCGAACGAAAAAUUAAAAAGUGCCAACAAACACACAUUUUUAACUAACUUCCAGGAUCCAUCCUUGAGCGAUUCGAUGCUUAUUUGCGACUUGAUCGAUGCUAUCAAACCAGGUUCGAUACAAUACAAUCUAUUGAAGACAUCUGGCACAUCUGAAGCCAAAAUGGACAAUGCUCUGUACGCAAUAUCCAUGGCGCGAAAGAUUGGUGCUCGUGUUUACGCCUUACCUGAAGAUAUUGUUGAAACAAAACAAAAGAUGCUUUUAACAGUAUUCGCUUGUCUCAUGGCCAGUGAUAUGCUCGCUCCAAAUGAAACUCCUUCUAAUUUACGUUUAUCGAACUCUCAAAAGCGAUCGAGCCAUUCGCCUGCUUCGAAUCACAUAACAGCCGAUUCUCCUGGAUCAUCACCGGCACGUCGAUCCAGCAUAUUCAUCACCAAUCGAAUUCAACCGACGGCCGAACAUAUCUACGAAAAACAUUUACCACCAGUUCGAGAUGUACCGUCAACAUUCGCUCAACAACCUCGGGUAUACGAGGAUGCACGUUCUCGUUCGCGAUCAAAGACUCCCAUUGGAACUGCUAGUCCAAAAGCUCCUCAACGUUCCCUAUCAGCCUCCAUUUCAUCUAUAUUUAACACACUUUCGAAACGUUCGACAGAAAACGCAAUGGGUUCAAAUGGUGAUCUGAAUGAACUAAGAAUAACAUCUAGUCGUCGGUCUCGACCACUGAGCACUGAAAGCGGUCGACGUGGUAUCGAUACACCCCAUGUAAUUACAAAACAAAUAAAUGUUACGCCUCAGAAACAGUCUAUAGAUAAUGGAAUUGAUAGUCGAUACGCUACACAUCGAUCAGAAACAGUCCGCCAACAGCAAACACCACUACAUUCAGCACGUGUUCGCCUCAAUGUACCUAAUGUGCAUGUCGAAAGUCCGCUUAUGCAUGAAGUGUUAACAAAAGAACAAGGAAGCACUGGUCCACUGUAUCAGCGACGCACGAAUAAUAGUGUGAGAUCACCUAUCAAGCAGAAGAUCGAUAAAUACCGACGUCGUUCCGGAGAAGCCACUCAAGGCGGAAAUGGUACAACAAGCGAUGGACACAUGCCUACUCCAACGACUACGUUAGCAUUAAAUAGUCCAUCGUCAGUUCGUUCGAAACAGCAAGCAUCACCUUCAUCCAUUCGUCGUGUCACGUCAGAUGCUGAAACAUCCUCUCGACCGGAAGUCUUUCGUCUAUCGGUGGAUUCGAAUGCACUUCAUAGUGAUCAUCCGUCUUCGAAUGGUCAGCACCGUCUCAAACCUGCACAGAUAUAUUCUACACACGAACAACUGGUUCCUGUCGUAACUACUCACAUCACAUCGUCGGCUCAUCGUCGACUUUAUCAAAUUCCAGCUGCAACUCCCAUUCAACCACGACCAAGUAAUACUUACGGCAAACAACGACAAUCAUCCGCUAGACAAUCGACAACAACAGCGAACAAUCAAGGAAAUAUGUAUUUAGCGUUUAUUGCUUCACGUCACCUCUCCACACUAGAAGCUAAUGUACCUGAGUACGACAUGGAUCAUCCUCGAUUACUACGAAUAUUUACAUGGCUUCAAAACGUGGAAGAACAUCGACAUGAACAAUCGGAUCACGAUCUAUUAAUAACUGAACAAAAUCAACGAAUGUUAGAUCAAGAAGAAAACUUUUCCUUAUAUUCAGAAAUUCAACAUGCUGUUGAUGAUAUACCAGCGAACACAAACGGAGAACCUUGUGAAAGAAUUCCAACGAUUGAAUUCGAAAACUAG